AGUUUGGGGCUGACCUCGCCCUUGCAAAAGUGGCAGAAAAACCGGUGGGCGGCUACAGCGGCGCCCGAGUCCGCCCCGGCCGCCGAAGCCUCCGCCAUUUUUGUCCUCCGCCGCGGCCGUCCGAGAGGGCAGCCGGCCCGUCCCUCGCCAGGCCGCUACCUCCCGAGCUGCAGUCGCCGCCGCCGCCGCCGCCUCGGUGCGGCCCACCGCUUCAGAGCCCGCGUCGGUCACGUGAGUCGGCCAGGCCCAGAAAGGCGGCGGCGCCAACAAGCUACCCUGCGGCCCGCCUCCCAGCACCAAAGAGGCGCAGGAAGGAGAGACAAACGGCCCGCCUGCCGGCUCCACAAACAACCCCUCGCUGGUCCUCCAGUCUUCCAGCGAGAAGAAAGAAAGAGCGUCCCCGGAAGCCGCCGAAACUCUGGGGUAGAGUGGCACGCGCUUUUUGCUUUUCCGCGUCUUCUUCGGUGGCGAUCCUCGUCCUAGAAAGGGCGGUGGGCUCCACUUCGGCCUAGAAGGCCAGCGGGAGCCGCAGGAAGCCGUCGCGGGAAGCUCAGCAGAAUUGGAGUUGGAGCCUCCGGAUUGCGCUGACCCUGAGCUCUCAGACUCCCCAGUACAAUGACUCAAGCAGAAAUUAAGCUCUGUUCUUUGUUGCUGCAAGAGCAUUUUGGAGAGAUUGUAGAAAAAAUUGGAGUCCAUCUGAUAAGAACCGGCAGCCAGUCGCUAAGAGUAAUUGCCCAUGACACAGGAACAUCACUGGAUCAGGUGAAGAAAGCCCUGUGUGUCCUCGUCCAACAUAACCUGGUGAGUUAUCAAGUGCACAAACGUGGUGUGGUGGAGUAUGAAGCCCAGUGCAGCCGGGUAUUGCGAAUGCUUAGAUAUCCCCGGUACAUCUAUACUACCAAAACUCUGUACAGUGACACUGGAGAGCUGAUUGUUGAGGAGCUUCUGUUGAACGGCAAACUGACAAUGUCAGCUGUUGUGAAGAAAGUGGCAGACCGGCUCACAGAGACCAUGGAGGAUGGCAAGACCAUGGACUAUGCUGAAGUAUCAAACACAUUUGUGCGACUGGCAGACACACACUUUGUACAACGCUGCCCUUCGGUACCUACCACUGAGAAUUCAGACCCUGGGCCACCACCACCUGCCCCCACACUUGUCAUUAAUGAAAAGGACAUGUACCUGGUUCCUAAACUCAGCUUGAUAGGGAAAGGUAAAAGGAGGAGAUCAUCUGAUGAAGAUGCUGCUGGGGAGCCCAAGGCCAAGAGACCAAAAUAUACUACAGAUAACAAGGAGCCCAUUCCAGAUGAUGGGAUUUAUUGGCAGGCCAACCUUGACAGAUUCCACCAACACUUCCGUGACCAAGCCAUUGUGAGCGCAGUUGCUAACAGGAUGGACCAGACAAGCAGCGAGAUUGUGCGAACCAUGCUCCGAAUGAGUGAGAUUACCACUUCCUCUAGUGCUCCCUUCACCCAGCCAUUGUCUUCCAAUGAGAUCUUCAGAUCCCUACCUGUUGGCUAUAACAUCUCUAAGCAAGUUCUUGAUCAGUAUCUCACUCUGCUGGCAGAUGAUCCACUAGAGUUUGUUGGAAAGUCUGGCGACAGUGGUGGAGGAAUGUAUGUCAUCAACCUCCAUAAGGCAUUAGCAUCCCUAGCCACAGCCACUCUGGAGUCCGUCGUACAGGAGAGAUUUGGGUCUCGCUGUGCUAGAAUAUUCCGUCUAGUUUUGCAGAAGAAACACAUAGAGCAGAAGCAAGUGGAAGACUUUGCAAUGAUUCCUGCAAAGGAGGCAAAGGAUAUGCUAUAUAAGAUGCUCUCAGAAAAUUUCAUGUCACUCCAGGAAAUUCCCAAAACACCAGACCAUGCCCCAUCCAGGACCUUCUAUUUAUAUACUGUGACCAUCCUGUCAGCUGCCCGAAUGUUGUUGCACAGGUGCUACAAGAGCAUAGCCAACUUGAUAGAAAGGAGGCAAUUUGAAACCAAAGAGAAUAAGCGUCUACUAGAAAAAUCUCAGAGGGUAGAAGCCAUCAUUGCAUCUAUGCAGGCUACUGGUGCAGAGGAAGCACAGUUACAAGAAAUAGAGGAGAUGAUCACAGCUCCUGAACGUCAGCAGCUAGAGACCCUGAAACGUAAUGUCAACAAGUUGGAUGCCAGUGAGAUCCAGGUGGACGAAACCAUCUUCCUGCUGGAGUCUUACAUUGAGUGCACCAUGAAGAGACAGUGAUCCAGAAGAAGCAUCUUCCUCAGAAGAUCUGGGGGGAUGGAAAGCAAAAUAAAGGAGGUGCCUGGAUGCAUUAUUUGCAGUGGGAUAAGUCGCAGAGUCUUCAACUAAACCCCCCUCUCUAUCCCCUGCAGCCCAGGAUACACCUGAAAGAAUUUGGCAUAUUUAGAUCCAUUGCUGUACUCUCCCCUCAUCAAAUCUUGGCAGUGGGAAGAACCUUAAAUCAACAAGGUUAAUCUUAUCUAUCAGAUGCAUCUGUUCCCAUAAAGAAGUUACCCACACCUAUGGUUACCUAUAUCCCUGGCAAUAGGAAACUUCCUAAGAAGUUAAUUUUAUUUUCA